CUGAGCUGCUUGACUUGCCCUAACAACCCCCAUUUAACUUUGGGCGCCAUCCGGUUUUUCGAGAAGGCUGUUGAUCAACAAGCCGACUCUCAUUCGCUGAAUUUCCGUUCUUGUAAAGUGUCAUUGUCAUUCAUUUCUGGUGCUUUGCGACUGUAUCUCACUCCAUGUUUUCUUUUUUGAACCACGCCAAUCCACUCCACUCCUGUCCGAUUGCUAGCAAUCGCACGAUCGACAACGACAACAACGACGACAGAAGAAGAAGAAGAAGAAGAAGAAGAAGAAGAAAAGCAAGAUGCGCUACACAUACAUCACCCUCGCCCUCGCCCUCGGCAGCAUCGCCGCCUACAGCCCCGACUCAUGGACCUUCGGAUACGGCUUCUACCUGGGCCCCCCGGCCCACGGCCAGAUCACCAAGGCCACAUACUCGAUCGCCGCGCCCGGAGUCCCCCAAGGGACGACGGUGAAGGACCCCCGCGACGAGGUCUGGACCUCCAUCUGGAUCGGGGUGUCCGCCACGCAGGGCGACGCGAGCAACAGUCUCUAUCAGCCGUUGUUCAAUUGGUCGCCGGACCAGAAGUCCCAGGGCUGUUCGGCUGGAGCGGAGGAGUGGUGCGUGGCUGCUAGUACGUAUACUUCGGCCGGCCAAGUUGCGCAGCCGUACGUCCCCGUGGCGAAGGAUGCGCCGGUCGAUUUCGAGAUCACCGUCCAGAAUCAGAACCAAGUCCACCAAUCCGUCCGCAUCGCCGACACCCUCGUCUCCCAGCAGACCGACCCCCUCACCAACCCCCUGCAGUACCUCUACUCCGCCGACGAAUGCUACACCGGGUCGGGCACCUGCGGCUCGUUGCCGGGCUAUAGCUGGACCAACAUCACCAUCGUCCUCAGCGAGGCUGACCCGCUGUUCGGGCAGACGCUGUCUUUGGUGGGCGCGACGAGUAGUCCUCGCGGCUUCUCGACCGCGGAUGGGGGCAGUACGUGGCAUGCGGAGGCGGUGGGGAUUUCCGUGGAUGAUUUUGGGGCUACGCAUUAG